AUGGCGCAGGCCGACCUAGAUCGAAACCCGCACUUCCACGAACAAAUCCAGACAUCACGAGAAGAAAGCCAGGCCGCACACUCCUUUCAUUUUGGCCCAGGACCAACCGAGCAAUUCAACGUUGAUGCUGGGAUACGUGGCCCUACUCAUACUCCGUAUGGCAUCCCCCCGUUUCCUCCGGUCGAUCAGGUCAGCACCGGGCCGUUUCACGAUCAGUGGUCUCGUUUCCCACAGAGCCCCCCAAUACAAAUAGAGUCUCUAGACGAGUAUGAACGCAGGUCAAUGUACCAUCAUCCGACAUCUCUUCCCACACCACCGCCAUUCCCAAAUGCGGGCCAGGCCCCUUUCGAGGGUAUUCCCUGUGAUCCAGAUGCUCUCGACCACCUUCAAGUUGGCGCUGUGUAUAAUGACUUCAGCUGCCCUCCGAUUGCGGCGUCAUUUGUAGACACAGGGUUGAGCCCAUACACACACAUCACUCCCGACGAUGAACCCAACGCACGACUUUUGACGCUACCGAACUCGUCAGGGUUCACGCCGGGGAUGGCGGGUACUUCAAUGAGUCCCAAAAGCUCCUCUCAACCUCCCGCCAGAUUGGUAUCCUUAAUGGGGACCUUAACCGGACAUCAACCCCCCCACGGGGAGAAUUAUUUUGGUCCCGGUGAGGCACUGGGGGUUCACCAGGCACCCACCUCUCUCAGAGGUGUACCAGACUUCGGAAUAGAAGGGCCGCCUCAACCUGCCUUGCUGAUCGAAGAAGCAACCUACUCCGCAAAAGUUCAGACCAAAUCUACCACUCUCCCGUGGAACUCUCCGAUCACACCGGGAAUCCGCCAUCAAACCGAUGCGAACACCGAGGGCGGCCCGGGUAGUGAUGGUUCUGGCAGCCGAAGAAAGCGAGGCCGAUUUUCCAACGAAGUACUACGGAGGCAGACAUCAAACACACGUACCAUGGGGGCUUGUCUACGGUGUCACAAUCAAAAAAUUCGUUGCACACCCAAUCCAUCGGACGACACCAACCCAUUCGCACCUUGUAAAACGUGUCUCGGCGUUCGCAGGGAUUCCAAGAAGAUGAUCCAUUACAUCCCUUGUCUCCGAUUCAAGUUGAGUAUGAUGACGCUAUACCGUGCCGGAGGCCUGAACUACACCCAACGCUUUGACCACACCAAAGUUACCGAUGUUGUCGACUAUGUCGACGAUGUCAUUUAUGAUAUUGAGAUUGCGCAGAACUUUUGUCCGGCUCCCCUUCCUCUACGAGUCCGACGUUUCAAACCCGAGACGUCCGACCUGACGCGAUGGAAGUAUCUUGAGGAUGGCAUCCCCAAAUCUCAAGACACCGGAGCGUUUUGUCUUGCCAGCAUUGAGAAAACUGCGAGGGAAUUCAACCAGCAUUACAUCAACGUAUAUGCAUUGAAGGGGUUACAAAAAGUAGGGGUGGACUCGGACGAUCUCACUAGAGGUGUCUUCGAGAUGAUUGAGGAACCGAGAGAAAGAAGUAGCGGAAAUCACCAAGCGUUUCUGCUGAAGCUCGUCCGUCUUUGGUUUGCAAUAAGACAUGGAACCGGAUCGGCAUGGUAUUCCCGCGGUGAAGAAAGUCUUGGGUUGAGCUCGGUGCUGCCGUCCGGCAAAAUACCGGUCUCUCGUAUGAUUGUCGCCCAAUUUGAUAGCAUACGACACGAACGUGUUUUUAAGAAGAUCGCCCCGGAAGUCCUCCGGACCAUCGAAACAUUCCUCACAUCGUCUAACAAGGAAGCGUGGUUCACCGUUUUCCUCGCAACAUUUUUACUUCUCCAUCAGGUCGCUUCUACCUCGAAAGAUCGCUAUCGCCACUCUAAACAAAACUCGCGGGGGCAAAAGCUGGAGACUCGUUAUGGAAAGAUUAUGGACCCUCUUGUGGUUUUUGUUGAGGAGGCUCAUCAUAGUGCCGUGAUGCUUCUAGCUUACUGGCAGUAUUAUAAGCGAUGCGACCUCAUGAAUUUCAAUUGGGACUCCGUUGCGGACUCGCCGUUAUCAUGCCUGGAAAGUUACCAGGUUGAAUUUUUGAAGAGGACGGUGGGACUUCUCAAAGAGAAACUACCCUCAAUUCCGACAACACCAAUCGAAGGCUGUUGGGAACAUGAACUCUUUUGGGUCUCGAAAAUGUUCAUGUCAACCCCAUCGCCGGGGGUUGAUUGGAACCCACCAGAGACGUUUACUGUGGCGAAACCCAGUGUCGGCAACGAAGAGCCCCAGCAACUUUCUGGGGUCGGGCGAAGCAUUUUGCUGAAUCCUCUGGCUUCAUCAAAUCCUUUGCUCAAACCGCGAUGA